CACAAAUCAAAUGCACAAAAUUAGCAGCAAUGAGUCCGAACCCAUCAUCACAGUAAAAUUGACAUCUGCUACCAAAUUGUCUCACUCAUAAAGGUACUAACCAGUACGCAGUAACUACCACAGUUUCGGACAAAACAAGGAUAAGUUGUAACCAUUCAACAACCUCGCCCUUACUAUGCUUUUACCAACACAAACUAUUUCUGCUACUGCUACAACUGCCAAAUCUACCUUCCCUUGUUAACUGCAAAGCUUCAAACUUUGCAACCAAUUCUCAGACCCACAUGGAGCUGGAGACUCAAACUCAAAAAUCAUGCUCUGAUGGCAAGGUUUGGAGAUUUUGUAGAAUGCCAUUUUGGCAAACAACUCACCCUCCUUCGUCUUCUUCCAUGUCUGAUAUGCACAAUGUUCAUCCUCAAAACCAUCUUCAAUCUGUUGUUGAUAGACCCACUCAUCAUUCUUCAACCACAGUUUCAUCUGUGGCUAAGUCUCUGCUCCCUACCAAGAGGAGGCUCCGUCUGGAUCCUCCCAACAACCUCUAUUUUCCCUAUGAACCUGGUAAGCAAGUCAGGAGUGCAAUCGCAAUUAAAAACACUUGCAAGUCUCAUGUAGCUUUCAAGUUUCAAACAACUGCACCCAAGAGCUGUUAUAUGCGCCCUCCAGGUGGUAUUCUUGCCCCUGGUGAAAGUAUUAUCGCCACUGGUAAUUUGUCUUCUAAACUCCUGUUAAGUGACGUUAUCAAAUGCUUAGAAUUUGGUGAAUCCUCUUACUGCCUCACAUAUAUGGCAGUAUUCAAGUUCGUGGAGCCACCAGAGAACAAUGAGAAAGCAAUUGAUCAAAAAAGCAAGGUUAAGUUUAAAAUCAUGAGCCUAAAAGUGCAAGGUGAACUGGACUAUGUACCGGAACUGUUUGAUGAGCAAAGAGAUGAAGUGGCAGUAGAGCAAAUUCUCCGGGUCAUUUUUCUGGACCCUGAACGGCCUAGCCCUGUCCUGGAUAAGCUUAAACAGAUGUUGGCUGAGGCUGAGGCUGCACUUGAAGCACGAAAGAAACUGCCGGAGGAGAAAGGUCCUCAAGUAGCCGGGGAGGGCCUUGUUAUAGAUGAAUGGAAAGAAAGAAGAGAAAGAUACCUGGCUCGGCAGCAGGUCCAAGGUGUUGAUUCAGUGUAAAGUAUUUCUAUCUUCCUUUUCUUGGAUCCCUUAAUGUUCUUCAAAUGUAUUCCCUGAAACUGAAUUCCAGCCUCACUCAUCUGAUCUGUCUUACGUGAUUUUAUUUUAUGGCCAACAAAAUUGUUAAUGAAAAAAACAUUUGUUUUUUUUUUCUUUUCAA